AUUUCGUAAUAUGACCGUGAGUUUAAGAAGACUGGUACUAUGACAAUCACUUGCGAAAAAAUGGCGGACGAGAGCCAGGCAAGUGUAGUUAGGCGGCGAACGAAUCCCUCAGCAAACGGAGGUCUCAAAUCGAAUCAUUUCCACGAAAUUACUAGUUCUGUUCGAAUGCAGGAACUUCGCAGGCGUACUGAUCAACUUCGUACAGAUAUUUUAGAACAGCUUGAUGGCCAAUUGAGUGACCUUUUUGAAGAUGCUAUGCGAGGAGUUGAGAAGAAUGAAGAUUUGACUGAUCGCUUUGUAGAUAAAAGUAAUGGCAGUAAAAUUUUCAAAGCGCGAAAUUCUGUUUUAACAGAAUUGCUAGAAGUAAACCAUAUCCGAACAAUCUACAACAUAUUUGUUGCCCUUUUAUUUGUAUUUGUGCUAAAUACCAUUGUUUAUGACUAUAUAGAUACCGGAAGUAUAAUUCUAGACUUUUCCAUUAUGUUUUGGGCAUUUGGAAAAGUCUCUAUAGUCAUCAAUCUUUGGCUAAUUAUGAAUGUCAUGGCRUUUCUGGUUUUUCCACUCUUCCGUUUAUGGCAUGCAAAUCAGACAUCAUGGAUGAAGAUUCCUAAUUCUAUUUGGCUAGUGUUUUAUUUGGGUUAUAUUGCAGUGUUUAUUGCUUUCCCAAUCCAAGAAAUAUGCAUCCAUGAACUUCCCCCUGCGUCAUCCAUAAUUAUAUUAUGUGAACAGGUUCGACUUAUCCUAAAGGCUCAUGCAUUUGUGAGAGCUAAUUGUCCGAAAGUGAUUGCAUUACAUAUUCAAGAUAGUCCUGGUAAUAGUCCUGGAGAUGUCUCUUCAUCAUCAAGUUCUUMCAGCGAAGUAGAUAAUGAAACAUCAGAACUUCCUGAUUUUGGACAGUACCUGUAUUUCUUGUUUUGCCCAACUCUUGUCUAUAGAGACAAUUACCCAAUGACACCAUACAUAAGAUGGGACUAUGUAGUGUCCAACUUUGUGCAAGUUUUUCUGUGUAUUCUCUUCACUUACUUUGUCUUUGCACGGUUCUGUGUCCCAGUAUUCAGAAAUACUGGUAAAGAGCCUGGGAACUACAAACAGCUUAUUUUAUCAGCAUUCAGCUGUAUGUUGCCUGGGACAAUGGUGUUAGUGUUGGGUUUCUUUGCCAUUCUUCAUUCMUGGUUAAAUGCAUUUGCUGAAAUGACAAGAUUUGCAGAUAGAAUGUUUUACAAGGACUGGUGGAAUGCAUCGUCUUAUGCUAACUGGUAUCGYACAUGGAAUGUUGUCGUUCAUGAUUGGUUAUAUCAAUACAUAUACAAAGAUAUCUUACUGGUUUCCAAGAACCGCAAUCUUGCAACAGUGGUUGUGUUUGUUGCUUCAGCAUUUGUCCAUGAGUAUGUCCUGGUUGUAGCAUUUCGAUUCUUUUUCCCUAUAUUGUUCACCAUGUUUGGCGUUAUUGGCCUUUCGUUCGUAUUCUUAAAACCUAAAAAGCAUGAAAAUGUUUCUCAAGCCUGGAAUAUCUUCAUGUGGAUAACACUUUUCCUUGGAAAUGGUUUACUGAUGUGCCUGUACAGUCAAGAAUGGUAUGCAACUCAAAAUUGYCCAAGAAUAAAUGGUACUUUACUGGACGAGUUCCUCCCUCGAUCAUGGAGUCAUGAAUGCCAAGGCCGCCAUUUCUUCUCUGACUGAUGUCAAAUCAAAUUAAUCAUUUUGUUAGAGUAGGUAUUCAAUAAUAGUUAGGAAAUUAUCRUGAUUUUAGUUGCUAUUAAAGUAAUAAGUGUUGUAGGUCAAAUGGUCUUGUACGUGACAAGUACAUGUGGGAAUUUAUAAUUGCUAUUGGGAUGGAAAACGUACUACUGCGCAUGCUCUUGACGGGAAAUCGCCUMCAGAUUUCAACCAGCUUACCGCAGGGUCACAUGAACGCUUUAAUAGUYAGUACUACUUGUUAGUAGUAGACUAGUUUCGUAGUAUUGUUUUUCUUAGUUGAAUUGAUAUAUAAUUAUUCACGGGUUAUAGGUAUAGUAACGGUAGGCUUUCCGAAAAUCAGAGCUUGCUUCAAAAGCUUGAAACAGCUUCAAUUGCAGUAGAUUUCUUCAUCCCUGUUGCUCUUUUCAUGUGUGGUGUCUGUUUGUUUGUUUGUUUUUCUUCGCAGUUGUUUAUUUGUUUGUCGCCAAGGUGACGUCAAUAGCAGCUAAUCACAUUAGCAGAAUGUAUAGUUUUAUAGAAUAAAUUCAAUAUAUUACCAACAAAGGUAAGACAAUAUAACAAGGGUUUCGUUGUAGUUUGCUAAACAAACAAAUAGAGUUAUAUAGCGUAUAUACAGUUUUUAUUUUAUUGAUACGAUAAACCAACAAGUGAAUUAGAACAUAAUGUAAAACACACCUAAUUGAAAAAAAAUGCGUUGUGUGAACAAAAAGAUCUCAUUCAAAACAGACAAUCGUUUGGCAUAGACACGCUGUAAUUCCUUUCACAGUUAGAAACCCGACAACGUUUUUUCAAUUAGGUGUAUUAAUAAUUUAACCAGGAWGCACUUUACCUUGGCUGUGGUGUGUUUGUUAGAUUUUGUUGUUCGGGUUAAAUGUUGCAAUGUCUAUACAAUCAUUACAGAACGAAUUUACUAGGCUAGAACGGUCUAUAUUAGAGUAAUUAUCCUUCUGCUUUAUUGUCUUUCACGUUUGUUAAAGUACGCAUUCUUUUCGCAGAAUCACUCUAACCAAAACGCCCUUUACUUUAAUUAUUUAUUUGCAAAAACUAAUUUGAGCUUUAUUCAAACUAAUGCGUUUUCGUUCYAUUAGUUUUGUAUUGUUUUGAAUACUUCUGAGAAAGGAAAACCAAUGCAUGGCUACGAAAACUAGUUUGAACGAAGCUGCAGUUAACCUAAACAUCAAAUAUACCACUACCAAGUUGUAAAACGAUAAUAAAUUUGAUUCGUGAACUAUA